AUGCAGUCCGUGCAAAAGGCGAUAAAGAAGGCGACGUCGGACGCCUCUGACCUCAAACCGUUCUCGAGCAAGACGCCCCUGUAUAGCCCGAACGCGGGGCUGCUGAUUGAGUGCUCGAAGAUCAAGGCCGAGACGACACUGAGGAAGUACGUGAGGAAGGAAUGGAAGAAGCAGGGGCGCUGGGGCGGGGACGUGAAGCUGUCGCAGCAGCACUUGCCUGGACCUGUGUCGAUACGCAGGGCCGCUAGAGAGCGGGCGAAGCGCAAAGGUGCAGAGAUUCUGGUGGAGCCCUUCGCUGACGAGCCGGCGCACGACUCGCUGAACGUGUCGCUGAACAAGCAGAUUGGAGCUGACAAAGCGCUGUCGGCGACGCUCAUUGGCUCGCCCGUCCAGAUGUACGAGGUGAGCGCGAAGGGCGCCGUGACGAGAGAGGCCAAGCCAGGGGAAGAGCGGAAGCACCGUGCGGCGAGCGUGCAGGGCGGCACCAACUUCGUCGGCGACACUAGGAUAGCGUUCGAGGUGCAACAGGGCAACGAGGAGGUGGACAACCACUGCACGACCUCGACGGCGAGCGUGGACGUGAACAGGGCCGACUGGGCAUUCGGCAUCGCGCACUCCCGACACCUCCCGCGGCGAGGCAUGCGCAUCUUCGGUCGGUACUUCAACGAGCAGGGAUACGGGUCGCAGGUCGUGCUGCAAACGCUUCACUCGCGCAAGGGCUGGCCCUCGCUCUCGCCCACCGCGGUCGUGAGCGUGCCGCCCGGCGGCCUCCUCUCCCCGUCGUCGUACCAGAGCCAGUUCGGUCUGUCCUGCACGUUUCGACUGGCGCCCAAGGCGGUCAACGCGCUCGGACUCGGACAGGCGGCGUCCGAACCAGAUACAUCCUCGAACCCUGGGCAGCCACGAAAAGCGGACGAUAGUGCAAGCAUCCUCAGUAAAGCGCUCGGGGGGGUGUCGCACGUGCUUUCCGGCGUUCAAGCGGGAUCGGCGGAGGGGUUCGCAUCCGCACUGCAGCGGCGCAUCAUGGGGCACUCGAGCGAGGGCCACAGCCCCGUGCACGGGUUCUCGCACGUCGAGCAAGUCGAUCACAUGCCCGGGUACGAGCCGGCGGGGAACGAGCUGCAGUUCCGCGCCAUCAUCAGUCCGCGCGACAAGAUGGCGGCGCUGCAGGUGUCGCUCAACGUGGGCGGCAUGGUGGCGGACACGGAGAUCCUGCCCGCCCUGCGCAUGUCCACGAUUCACAGUGAUGUCUUCUGA